AUGCGCAGGUCGAGUAACAAUGAGUUAACAAAGAAACUCGAGAGUUUUUCUGUAUCCUCUCCUAAUUCUCGUAUACCAACUUUUAAAAAUGUUCAACCAAAAACUACGUCAUCAACGGUUAUCAAAUCAUCUGUUAAAAAAGAUGAUUCAAAAGAUUCUUAUGAUAAUUAUGAGAAGGAAACUCAAAACACAUUAGAAUUUUCUGAAAAUGUUCAAAAAAAUAAUUUAAAUGACUUGGGUGGUGAUGUAUCAAAUUUAAGUCAUAUAAAUGGUGGUAUUUUAAAUUUAAGUGAAUCUAGUGGUAUUGUAUCGAGUGCGGGUAAUUCUGCUGGUGUUGAUAUAGGGACAAGUGGUUCAACUUCUUCAACUACUUCUACAUCUGGAACAACUACUUCUAUUUCUUCUCCUUUUUCUCCUAUACCUGAAAAUCCUUCCGAUUCUCCUUUAAUUGGAACUUCUGAUACUUCAAAAAAAUCUCGUAACACCUUUCAAUUCCAAUCACAAAGUGUGGGUUUAACUCCUGGUCACUUAAGAAGAUGGCAUAGUAGUCAUUCUGGACUUCAUCAUAAUAAAAGUACUACUUUUGGAAAGGAUUCUGAAAAUGAUGAUAUUAGAACUAUAUAUGAACGUUGGAAAUUAGUUAGGCCUAAAGAUGAUUUAAUUUUUGACCAGUUUAGUUCAUGUGUUGAUAGAUAUGGUUUUAUAACGUCUUCAGACGGAAAGAGCCCUGCCCCUCCUUUAUCGUCUCAUGAAUUAAGACUUGAAAAAAAAGAAGUUGAAAGAUCACUAAAAUGGGCUUCAUGGGUAUCCUCAAAUAAAUUCGUUAAAAAAUCUGGAAAAUUUGGCUGUAGUAGUUAUGUCUUUCCGUGGGAUAAAAAG